AUGAUCUCGACAAGGGAGCCGGAAGCGCGAAUGGCUUCUCCCUUCCUUCUGCCCUUCUUUCCUUUUUCCUCCGCGGAAUGCAUAGUGAAUGAAUGCUCGAGGGAGCAGAAGCUCGAGUGUUCCUCCUUCCCUCCUUCUGCCCUCCUUGCCCCGUUCCAUCCACUCCGUUCUCCUCCUAUCCCCAGCAUAUCACUCGGAGUGUAUAGUGAACUGGAUUCGUAUCACUCCGAGUGUAUAUUGAACUGGAUCUUCAAGCACCCCGUGUGCCCCGUGUGCAAGGGAGCAGCCUUUGUGCUUGAAUCGGGGGAGGUGGGAGCAGGGGAGGUGGGAGCAGGGGAGGUGGGAGGAGGAGUGGUAGAUGUAGGGGACGGGGGUGCAGGGGAGGCAGAUGCAGGGGAGGUGGGAGGAGGGGAGGUAGAUGCAGAUGAGGUGGGAAGAGGGGAGGUGGAUGCUGCAGGGGAGUUGGGAAGAGGGGAGGUGGAUGCAGGGGGGGCGGAUAGUGGGGAGGUGGGAACAGGGGAGAUGAAUGCAGGGGCGCAUCCACCUCCACCCCACCAUCCUUUCUUUCCCACCGCGCCGUCCUCUCUCCCUCCCACCCACCCUCACCUCCCACCCAUCCUCGCCUCUCCUUCCUACCCGCCGUCGCCGCUCCCUCCUCCCGCCGCCGCCGCUCCCUCCCACCCCGCCGUCCCCUCUCCCUCCGCCGUCGCCUCUCCCUCAGCCGUCGCCUCUCCCUCCGCCGUCGCUCUCCCUCCGCCGUCGCCUCGCCCUCCCCAUCGUCGCCUCCCUCCCCAUCCCGUCGCCUCCGCUCCCUCCCAUCCCGUCGCCUCCGCUCCGUCCCAUCCCGUCGCCUCGGCUCCCUCCCAUCCCGCCGUCGUCCCCUCCCACCCCGCCGUUGCCUCUCUCACCUACCCGCCGUCGCCACUCCCUACCCUCUCGCCGCCGUCUCUCCCUCCCAUCCCGCCGCCGCCUCUCCCUCCCAUCCCGCCGCCGCCUCUCCCUCCCAUCCCGCCACCGCCUCUCCCUCCCAUCCUGCUUCGCCACUCUCUCUCAUCCCGCCGUCGCCACUCCCUCCCAUCCUGCCGCCGUCUCUCCCUUCCAUUCCGCCGCUCCUCGCCCUCAUCCCGGCCGCGCCACUCCCUCCCGUCCCGCCGUGGGGAGGUUUGA